AAGUAGACGAUUCUCGAAAGUUCAACGAUCAUAUCUUCAACAAAAAUGGCUUUUUUUAUUUAUAAAAUAAGCCCUAGAGCUACGAGCGGAAAUGAUGAAGUUCUUGCUCCUGGUGGCCUCUUGGGCGAUGCUCCAACUCUCUCCCGCGGCGUCAUCAGUCUUGCCAUUCGUCGUCUUGCAUGGAAUUUCCGAUGAGUGCAAGCAUCACGGUAUCACCAAGUUCACUACUGAUCUCGGCACUAUGAGUGGAGCUCCUGGCUACUGCAUUGAAAUUGGUAACGGGGCCAGCGAUUCGUGGUUUCUGCGCCUUGACAAGCAAGUUGAGCUCGCGUGUAAGGAGAUCAAACUUAUUCCAGAGCUUGCUGGAGGCUACAACAUCGUUGGUCUUUCCCAGGGAAACUUGAUAGGAAGAGGAUUGAUUGAAUGGUGUGAUGGACCUCCUGUUAACAAUAUGGUCUCUCUGGGUGGUCCUCACGCUGGCAUCGCGUCUUUGCCUCUUUGCGCAGCCUAUUCCUUCUGCGCAUUGGCCGAUAUCAUCCUUCAUAUGGGUGUCUACAGCGAUUUUGUUCAGAACCAUCUAGCACCCACUGGAUAUAUAAAAAUGCCCAAGGAUUUGUCGUCCUAUUAUCGGAGCUGUGUAUUCCUUCCAAAGCUGAAUAACGAGCUUCCCCAGAAUCGCAACGCAACAUUCAAGCACCGUCUUAGUGACUUGAAUCAGCUCGUCCUUGUCAAGUUUGACAAGGACACAGUCCUGGUGCCGCAAGAAACCGCUUGGUUUGGAUUCUUUCCUCCCAACGAUCUAACGAAAGUGUUACCGAUGGAAGAGACUGCUCUAUACAAGGAAGAUUGGAUUGGUCUAAAGUCACUCCAUGAACAAGGAAGGAUCCAAUUCGUGACGUUCUCUGGAGAUCAUCUCUCCAUCUCGGAUCAAGAAAUGUUGGAUCACGUCGCGCCUUACUUGAAACCGGAGAAAACAAGACAAAGAGAAGAACACGCAAGUAUAAUGUGACGAUGUAAAGAGGAGAGGACUAUUGUAUCGAAGUUAUUCAAAAGCCCUUCCAUGGGAUAAUUCUUUCUUGGA